AUGUAAUUCCUAGUUUUAUCAGUCUUUAUUAUGAAAAUACAUUGUGGUAUUAGUUAUCAUCCAAUCUUUAGGUUGGGAACUUUACAUAUCGGAAUUGAUGGAUAGUUCAACAUUUUAUUUAUGGAAGAACUCCAAUAACAUUCCUUCAUCCAAUUUGUUACUAGUUUGCGAUCUAUAACCGGCCCUGAAUUCAAAAAUACUCCAAGGAGAUCUGUCCUUAACUCGAAUUAUCUCAAUGUCUGCAACCAGGGGAUUUAGUAAAAUACGAAUCAGUUUUGAUAUCUACUAUUUGGGCUAAUGGAAUAUCGCAGAGGCUAUUACAGUAUAUGCUAACAGUUUAUUGGUGCAUUAUGAAACUCCAAAUACAAAUUAAUUAGAAGACUUUCCGAUGAGAUAUUGUCUCUAAAGACCAUUUGGAAAAUCAACUUCUGAGAAAAUCUCAAGAAUAGAUCAAAUAAUAUCAUUUAAUGACCCUCAAUUAAAUAUUGAAAUUGUUCAUGAGUAAGUUACGAGUGGUUCGACCAGUGAUUAUGGAAUAACAAACUUUGUAUUAUAGGUUUUUUAUUGUGAUGAUUUAUGUGAAGAAUGUGAUGAAUAUUAAUGUUUGACAUGUAAAUUGGGAUACGAAUUAGUAAAAUCAUAAUGCAGAUGCAAUCCAACUUCAAAAUUUUCAUAUUUCAAUCCAAACCUAUAAUGUUUAGAUGAAUGUCCUAUAAAUCAUGUGCCUGAUGUGAAUGGUAUUUGCUAAUUGGCAACAAUAACAAAUAUUUACGUGGAUCUGGAAUAAGAUAAUUUUAGUAUUUACAAAUUCUAAUAUAUUCCUGAUAAGUAUUAUAGCACUGUGUAAUUGAUGGUACAAACAAUUGGGACCAAAAGUGUGGCUGGUAUGUUUGGGAACACAGACAAAAUUGUGUAUAAUGAUAUUCUAUUGCCUGCUAAUGAAAAAUAUGAGAUGAAAUUUACAUUGUUUAUGGCAGGCAGAAUCUCUACUUUGUUUCCAGAGGAAAUAAUAAUUAGAUUCAAUUAGUUUGUAGUUGCCAAGAUUGAUGAUUUUCAAACAGUGUUUUUAUACUCCUAUUUCAAACAGGGCUAUAGAGCUUUACCUAAGGAAAUUUGUAAUUCUGCUUAAUAUUAGCCAUGUAAGUCAUACUCAAUUUCCAUAAUGUUUGAACUUUAAGAAACAGUCAGUGAAAUAGAAUUCAGCUCUAAAUUUGCUUUAAACAAACCUUCACGAAAAUGGGGAAUCAGAGAUUUCGUAGUGAAUAAAUAUUCAAUAUCUAGUAAUCCAAUGAGUUGUUUAAAUAAUUGCUUAACUUGUGAAUUCAAAAUGCCAGAUAUCUGUUUGUCAUGUGGGAGUAGUAAGAACUUAUUUAAAGGGAUGUGCAUAGAUUAAUGUCCAGAUUAUACUAGUGCAGUUAGUAAUGUUUGUGUGGAUUCAUAAAUGGUUAAUUUAAAUUAGGAGUAUUUGGUCAAUAUGUUUCAUGAUUUGAAUCCCUACUAUUUGGAGAGUUACACAAACAAAUUAAGUAUGAAAUCGCUCUCUUUUUUUAUGAACAAGAUCAUUUUAGGAGGACUUAAUAUAUGGAGUAAUGAAUAAGUUAUUCAUCGUUUAAAAUAUAAGAAGCCAUUCUAUAGAGUAAAAGUAGAGUUCAUGUUAGUAUUCAUUGAUUCCAAGAACAAUCAAAUACAAUUCAGAACUAGUGUUAAUACUGAAACAUCAAUAUAUUCUAUGUUUGGUAGUGGAAUUUCAGUGGGCAAUUAAGUUGGGUAAAAUGAGAUUGAGGUGAUUUAGAGUGUUAGUUAUACGAAAUCAUUUUAAUCAACUGAUGAAUUAUCAGUACAGUUACAUUGCAUUAGGAAUAUUGACAGCGAAGCAUAUUGUGGAAUCUAUGAUUACAGAAUCAUCAUCUGGACUUGUUAGGAUUAUUGUUUAGAAUGCGAUGAUAAUGGAAAUUGUUUGAAUUCAAUUAAUACACAAAGUACUGACAUCAAUGGUUGCAAGUCUGGAUAUUAUAUGGAUAAUAAUGGGGAGUGCAGUGCUUGUGAUAUUGGAUGCAGUAGUUGUAAUGGAUACUCAGAUUGCAUAACAUGUAAGGCUGGGUAUGAAUUGAGAAAUAAAAUAUGUUAUUGUUCUAUUCUAAAGGAUGUGAUUGAGUAUUGUUCACAAAGCAAUUGUUUUCAUAAUUGUCAAACCUGCUUAAAUGAUAGAGUAGAUGUCGGUGUAAUACGUCCAAAACAUCCAAAGAAUUGUUUAUCUUGUGAUGAAUCCAAAAACUUAUGGUUGAAUGUUAAUUAAUGUUCAUGUCUAGAUGGAUAUUAUAUGGAGAAUUUCAGUUGUUAUAUAUGUUAUCCGACAUGUAGAAAGUGUUAAGACAGAGCUAGAGAUUGUUUAGCUUGUAUCCCAGGAUAAAAUAGAGUAUUGGAAUCAUCGUCUUGUGAAUGUCAAACAGGCUAUUUUCAAGAGGAUAAUGAUUUAGUAUGUUCUAAAUGUUCAGAUCUAUGUCAGAAAUGCAAUUUUACAAAAGAUCAAUGUAGUUAAUGUUACCCAGCCCAUUAUAGAAUACCUACAAAUGACACUUGUAUUUGUAUGGAUGGGUAUUAUGAUGUUGGUUAAUUGAUCUGUCAAAGUAUUUAUAACUCCUUAACUAAUUAGAGUGUCCUUCUACUUGCAAAACUUGUCUCGAUGCUCACACUUGUACAUCAUGUUAUGAUGAUCAAUAUAGAAUCAUGAGUAUUAACAAUUCAGCAUGUACAUGUAAAUCUGGAUAUUUUCAACAAUCCUCUGAUAUUUGUGGAUGUACACUUAUAUUUAUAAAUCUUAGAGUGUCAUAUAUCAUGUCUAGAAUGUUCUAAUAAUACGACUCAAUCCUGUACUAGAUGUCCUAGUACAAGAGAACCUUAAAUCACAAAUAAUACUCUUUAGUUUAGUUGCAAAUGUAGAAGAGGAUAUUAUGAAUCUAAUGAUAAGUAAUGUCUAAGUUGUCAGGAUUAUAUCAAUCCUCCAGUCACUCAUUAUUGUUACUCAAAGUGUGGAGAUGGCAUUCUACAAUGGAAUGAGGAUUGCGAUGAUGGCAAUGAUAAUUACAGAGAUAGUUGUUAUAAGUGUUUACAUGGUAACUCCUUUUGUUUAGAUUAUACAUGCACUUCUUGUGAUGCUGGGAGAUGCUCAGGCUGCAUUGAUGGAUUCUAUUUAACUCAAGAGUUUAUUUGUUUACCUUGUGAUCCAAGUUGUAAGACUUGCAUUAAUAGAUCAGACAAUUGUACAGAUUGCAUGGUAUAUUAAUCUGAUGGAUCUGGAUGUGUAAUGUGCAAUCAAGAAUAAGGAUUUCAAGUUUAGGGAGAUCAGUGUGUAAAUAUUUGUGGAGAUGGAAUCAAAGUCAAAAAUGAACAAUGUGAUGAUGGAAAUUUAGAGGAUAAUGAUGGAUGUAAUCAAACUUGUCAAGUCGAAGACGGCUAUUAAUGUUAGACCUUAUGUGAGAAGAUCAUCUAUCCAUCAAUUCUAUUUGAAUUAAAUCCUUAUGAUGUAAAAUACAAUUCAUAAAGAACUGUGAGAAUUAAGACUGAUCAAUUAGUAUCAAUAUCUGGAAGUAUCAAUUCCAUUAUGAAAUUCAAAAUCAAUAAUUUAAAUUAAUACGAAAUCACAUUUGUAGAUUUAACCUAAUACUCUGAUCAGUAUAGUUAUUUAUUUCUUGAAUUAAAUAUUUAAUUGCAAUCAGUAGUUUCCAAUCCAUAAUUAAUAUGUCAGAUAAUUAAUCAAGAUGCCAUCAAAAAUUAAUAAGGUAAUGCAUUUGAACAGAAAAAUUAUGUUACAUCACUAUUGGAAUUUCAAGCUCCCUCUAAUUCAACGGAGAGUGCAACUGACGGUUUGAUGAAAUUGAGUAAGUACAUUUUAUACUUGCUCUUUGGAUUCGCUAUUUUAGCAUUCUUAUUUGGUGGACUUAAUAUAUUUUGGAAUCUUCUGGAUGUCUUACAAUUAGUAUCUUACUUAUAAUUUUUGAAUGUUGAAUACCCAUAUAAUGUUAACAAUUACUUUACUAUAUUUGGUUUUGCUCAAUUCGAUUUUUUAAAACAAUAUAUUGACUUGGAAUAAUACAUUAGUUAAUAUGUGAAUACACCAGAUGCAGAUCCUAAGUUUAGAAACGAAGGGUACUCCACUGUCUUUUAUGUGAACAUCAUUACUGUCAUGACUGUAUUCAUAACAACCUUGAUCACCUUUAUUGCCUGUAGGAUGCUGUUUUCAACUUUAACUAAGAUCUCACACUCUUUUAUUUAUGCUCCCAUUGACUCAUAGGAACAAAGUGUUUGUACAUUCUUUAUCUAUAGAAUCACAAGGAAUUUAUAGCAAUCUCUAUUAAAAAUCAAUUAGGAAUUUAUGUCUGGUGUGAUUAGAACAUUCAUGGCUGUGGCUUUUGAUUAUAAUCUUGCUUUGUUUCUCUAAUUAAAGGAUGUGUAUUUGAGAGAUCCAAUUUUAUUUUCGAGUUUUGUAUUUUGCAUAAUUGCUCUGCUCCUGGAAGUGGCAUUCAUAUAUUCAUCAAUACUUUUCAUGUCGAAACCAGAUUAUGUUUUCAAAUAGAAAGUGAUUCAAAAUAAUUUUGGAGCAAUUUAUGAAGGUGUUAAAUUGGAGAAGAAUCCAUUUACGUAUUAUUUCAACAUCAUCAUAUUGAUUAAGAAAAUGCUAUUUAUGAUGUUUCUAGUGUUAUUUUAUUCAAUUCCAUGCAUUUAGAUUGGAUUGGUAUCUCUGUUGAAUAUGGUGAUGGCUGUUUACUUGAUCAAAGUGAAACCUUUGGAAGAUAAGGAUGAAUUGAUUAAACAAAUAGGUUCUGAAUGGAUAAUUUGGUUGGCUGAAAUGUUCAUAUUGGGAUUUGCAAUUAAUGAAUAAACAAAUCAAUUGGAGGAGAAUGGAAAACUUAAUUUAGGAUGGUGUGUAAUAGCCUCAACAUCCUCCCUUAUAUUGUUUUAAUUGAUUAUCGAUGUAAAGUAGCAUAUGAAUUUUUUAAUUCACGAAUAUGCUGUAAUAAAAAAACUGAUUGAUAGAAUUGGAUUGCUCAUUCAAAAGUAAGAACCAGAAGAGGAACAAAACAUAUUCCUUUAAGGAAAAAGAAGAUUAGGAUUUGAGAACACUACUUCUUUGAAUAAUCUAAACAGUGCUAAGAAUAAUAGAUCUACGAGCCACUUUAAAUAAGGAAGAGUCAUAACAUUUACAGUAAGCUCAAGUAGUAGCUGAAAUCCAUCCUCUUAUCUUUUGC